CGCGGGGAGCGGGGAUGGUGCUGGUGCCGCCGAGGGCAGCGGGAAGCCGGGCCGGAGGACAGGAGCGCCGGCUCCCGCUCAUGUGCUCCGCGGGGCCCCACGCGGUGCCGCCGCCCUGGGCUGGUGGGAAGGAGCAGGGAGAGCUCGGUGGACACGGCCCCUUCGAGCGGGCAGGUGAAAGGGAAUAUUUCAGCGGGUGUGUGGCCCCCAGCGCACUGCACCCCUGUGGGGUCUACCCAGGGCGGAUCGUGCAUGUCGUGGGGGCAGGACCCCGCAGUGGGUGCUCUGGAGGGGUGAUGCCGAUCGGGGUUUUGGGCAGAUCUUUUUUCCUCCUUGAGCAUCACAGAUAUUUGGAUGGGUGGGGAGGAAGGUCACUUCCCCGAAGUGUCCCUCCUCUGUGCCCCUAGGGCAAGGUCAUCGUUCCCAGAUGGUUGCAGGGAGCAUGGUGGCUCCACGCUGUCCUUGUUGGGGAGGGGAAGGGCACAUCAGCCUGUCAUGACCCCACUGCUCCCUUCCAUUCGUGGGACACACCUGCCAGGUGCUGGGGCAGCAUGGGAGCGUUUCAGCUGUAACCAGUGUGUUGCUCCAUGUUUACCAGUCCAACCUCCAUGUUCCUGGUACAGGACAUUCCCACCACAACCCUUGUCCCCAUAAUCUUGCUUACACGUGCAGCACACCUCCUCCACUGGGAAUCCACUGACUUCCCUGCAGGACUCCCAAAGGACACGUGGCUCCAGAGGGGACCCGCAGGGCUGCAUCCAGGGCUCGGGGCUUUCCUGCUCUGGGACCUCAAGCAUGGGGCAGGGCAGCAGAGUGGAGGGCUUGGCAUCCUUGGGCAGCUCUUUGUAGCUGGUCCCGAAGGUGAGCUCUGUGCAAGGUGGUGGAAUGGCUUUUCCCCAGGGCCAGCAGCCCCUCUGACCCCCUGCGUCCUCCCUGCAGCCUGCCCAGCCAUGGCAGCCUCGCUGAGCCGGCCCUGCUUCAUCUCCCUCCACCUGCCCUACAGGCAGGGCUGGGCCCAGCACCUGGCCAACACCUUUCGCUUCCAGCCAGUGGCCGUGCGGGAGACGCCGCGUGUCCGGCAGCUGGCCUUGCGACAGGAAUCUGCCAUCUUCCUCGUCAACGAGCGCCUGGCACCUGCCAGCACCUCAUCCUAUGAUUUCCUCUAUGACAUAGAUCCCCAGCCCACCUUGGGCACAGCCUCCAAUGUCUGCUUCGAGGUGGACGAUGUACCAGGGCUCUGCAGGCGGCUGCAGAGCCAGGGAUGCUCCUUGCUGGUGCCCCCCACUGAGCUGAGCGAUGACGGUGGUUCUGUCACCUACGGCGUGGUGAGCUCUGUCGUGGGCAACAUCAGCCACACACUUUUGGACCGCUCCUGUUAUCGGGGACCCUUCCUGCCUGGCUUCCAGCCCGUCCAAGGAGCCCCCUCAGCCACAGGGGAUGGGAUCAAGAUCACUCACUUUGACCACAUCACGUACGUCUGCCCCCGGGGCGGGGCCAGGGCGGCUCUGGACUGGUACCAGCGCUGCUUCGGCUUCCACCGCUUCCUGCUGAACCCCCAGGAGAGGCCAGCUGAGGGGUAUGUGCUGGGGGGGCAGGGGGUGGGCAUGCUGCUCCUCGCCCUGCAGAGCGCCCAGGGCACCCCAGCACACGGCUGCAAGCUGGUCUUUGCUGAGUCCCUCUCGCAGAAUAGCACCAACCAGGUCGACACGUUCCUGGAGCAGCACGGCGGGGCUGGGAUCCAGCACGUCGGCCUCUGCACCACUGACAUCGUCAGCACGACCAGGGCUCUGCAGCAGCAGGGGGCACGGUUCUUCACACCCCCCACCACGUAUUACAGCCAGGGGGGCAAAGCAGAGGAGAUCCGAGGAGCUGGGCAGGACCCCCACAUGCUGGCAGAGCUUGGCAUCCUCCUGGACACUGCAGUGCCUGGGGACAAGGGCCAGUCGGGCACUGAUGCCACAGAGAGCCCCUCUCAGGAGUAUUUGAUGCAGAUCUUCACCCAUCCCAUCUUCUCUGAGGAGACCUUCUUCCUGGAGCUCAUUGACCGUCGGGGAGCACCGGGCUUCGGGGAGGGCAAUAUCCGGGCACUGUGGAAAGCUGUGCAGGUCUACAUGGACCAGCAGCAGUAA